AGGUAGAUGAUGGCGUCCUCCACCCCGAUGCCAGGCAAGCAAACUGCAGCGGAUCCAAUGAAGACCUCACCAGGGGAUGAAGCUUGAGCUGAGAGCAGGACUGUUAUAUGUCUUAUCUAGCGAUUUUAUUGUAAUUUUAUUUCAUUUUAUUGUUUACCAAAGAGCAGAGCGUCAUCAAAGUCAGCGUUAUUGUCAAAAACUACAUGUACAGAUCAUACACAGGAAUUUGAAACUGCAGGGCUCCCACGGCCCUCAGUGUUACACUAAACAACAUAAAAGAUAAAAGUCUUAUACACACAACACUGUCCAACACAGUCUGAGUGUUUGUGGGCACUGUGGGGUCAGAGGGAAGACGUGGGUGCAGGUCUGGUUGACAGGGACAGAGCAGGGAGAGAGUUCAGCAUCCUGACAGCCUGAUGGACGAAGCUGUCUCUCAGUCUGCUGGUUCUGGCCCCGAGGCUCUUCAGUCUCCUUCCUGAUGGCAGCAAACUGAAGAAGCUGUUGGACGGAUGGGUGUAGUCACCUGUGAUGCAGAGGGCUUUCCGGGUGAGGCGGGUGCAGUAGAUGUCCUGGAGGGAGGGAAGAGAAGCACCUACCAUCCUCUCCUCUGCUCUCACUGCUUGUUGUAGCUGUUUCCUGCAGACUCAGUGCAGCAGCCACACCACACAGUGAUGCAGCUGGUGAGGAUGCUCUCAGUGGUGCCUCUGUAGAAGGUGCUCAUAGUGGGGGUUGAGGCUCUCGUUCUCCUCAGUUUGAGGAGGAGGUAGAGUCGCUGUUGGGCUUUACUGACCACGAUGCUGUGUUCUUUGACCAGGAGAGACGUGCACACCCAGGAACUUGGUGCUGCGUCCCCUCUCCACAGCAGCACCGUUGAUGGUUAGUGGGGUGUGCAGGGUGUGAGUUCUCCUGAAGUCUAUGAUGAUCUCCUUAGUCUUUUCCACGUUUGGGGACAGGUUGUUGUUGCUGCUGCACCAAUUGGCCAGAUGUUUAACUUCACUCCAGUCGUAGGUCUCAUCGUUGUUGCUGAUGUGACCUACCACAGUUGUGUCAUCUGCAAACUUGAUGACGGAGUUGGAGCUGUGUGAUGGUGUGCAGUCGUGGGUCAGCAGAGUGAAGAGCACAUCCUAGGGGAGCCCCCGUGUCCUGGUGCUGGAGGCGUUGCUGUCAUCACUAACAGUUUUCCUGCCCAUGGCAGAGAGUGGUGGUUCCUGGUGGCACUUGUGAUCCUUCCUUCCCAGCACGUGGAACUGAUUUCAGAGCAGCUCUGUGCUGGAUAAUCUCCUCUAAUCUGUUAAUCUCUCCUUCCUCCGUCUGGUUUAGCUCCCUCUCAGUCUGUUCUGACCUUCAGGGAUGAAAGCUGCACAUUCUGGGGGCUUCCUGGUGCUGCCGUGGCCCGGUGACGGCGGCAGCUCACACCCGGCCCUGGGAGAGGAAAGUCAGGGGCGCCUGAUGCUGAGAUGUGGAGCUCUGCUGGGAGUCACGCUGAUCUGCGUGGCGGUGUUGAGGAAGUGGAUUGCAGGUGGAGUUUGUCGCUGUUCGGUUCGUCUGGAUGGGAAAACCAUUGUGAUCACUGGAGCAAACACUGGCAUCGGCAAAGAGACAAGCAGAGAUCUGGCACGCCGAGGAGCCCGGGUGGUGAUGGCGUGCAGGGACCUGACCCGGGCAGAACGGGCGGCUGAGGAAAUCCGCCGGUCGACAGGAAAUGGUAACGUGGUGAUCAGACACCUGGACCUCGCUUCCACUUACUCCAUUAGACAGUUUGCUAAAGACUUCCAAGACAGCGAAGAAAGGCUGGACAUCCUCAUCAACAACGCAGGAGUGAUGAUGUGUCCAAAACAGCUGACAGAGGACAACUUUGAGACACAGCUGGCGGUCAACCAUCUGGGUCACUUCCUGCUCACCAAUCUGCUGCUGCCGAAGCUGAAGAGCUCCUCCCCCAGCCGUGUGGUCAAUGUGUCCUCCGUUGCCCACCAUGGAGGUCGUAUUGACUUUGACGAUCUGUUCUUCAGUCAAAGGCCGUACAGCGCUCUGGAGAGCUACAGACAGAGCAAACUGGCUAACAUCCUCUUCUCCAGAGAGCUGGCCCGACGUCUCUCAGGCUCUGGUGUGUCGUCGUUCUCUCUUCACCCAGGUGUGAUCCGGACCGAGCUGGGUCGCCAUGUGGAGGGUUGGUUCCCCCUGCUCGGGCUGCUGCUGAAGCUCCCCUCCCUGCUCCUUAUGAAGACUCCAUGGGAGGGCUGCCAGACCACCCUGUACUGCGCUGUGACGCCGGGCCUGGAGGAACUGUCUGGAUGCUACUUCAGCGACUGUGCAGAGAAAGAAACUGCUCCAGAGGGACAGGACGAUGUGGCGGCAAGAAAACUGUGGGAGGUGAGCACACGACUGGUUGGACUGAAGAACACCUGCUGACCUUUAACCUCUGACACACAAAGCAAUGGAGCUGCAGACUGUGGACCAAUCAGGACAGAAACAAACAGACUUACCUCUUGUAGAGACAAGUGAAGCUGUGUGUUGUUGCCCCGUUUGAGUCCCAGAUGUUCCAGCUGCUGAUAUUUCUCCUGUCCUCCAGAACCUGGACUCUCAGGUGCAACAUAAACCUCCUGCAGAAAUCAGAUGUCCCCUAGCUGUUCCCUGAAUAUUUCCUGACUUUUCCUUCACUUUUUCUCCAUUAUAUGUUUAUUAUUUCAUCACAUAUCUUCAUGCUUUCCUCUUUUGAUGCUUUCGCUGACUUCCUGUGUUCUCCACUUUACUGGUUGGUGUUUGGUGAUGUUUGGAGUUCAGCUGUGUGGACGUGAAGC